GGUCUGGGCUUCCCCCCGCACAGCCUGGCCCGCGUGGUGGUCUGGGAGUGGCUGAACGAGCACGGGCGCUGGCGGCCCUACUCGGCCACCGUGUGCCACCACAUCGAGAACGUGCUGAAGGAGGACCCCCGCGGCAGCGUGGUGCUGGGCCAGGUGGAUGUCCAGCUGGCACCCUAUGUCAUCGACCUCCAGUCCAUGCACCAGUUCCGGCAGGACACGGGGACGAUGCGGCGGGUGAGGAGGAAUUUCUACGACCCUUCCUCCGCCCCGGGGAAAGGCGUCGUGUGGGAGUGGGAAAACGACAACAACACCUGGACCCCUUACGACAUGGACAUCUGCAUCACCAUCCAGAACGCUUACGAGAAGCAGCACCCUUGGCUGGACCUCUCCUCCCUGGGCUUCUGCUACCUCAUCUACUUCAGCACCAUGUCCCAGAUGAACCGGCAGACCCAGCGCCGGCGGCGGCUCCGGCGCCGCAUGGACCUCGCUUAUCCCCUCACCAUGGGCUCCAUCCCCAAAUCCCAGUCGUGGCCGGUGGGCACCAGCACCGGGACCCCUUGUUCCUGCCCCCAGUGCCUACUGGUGAACAGCACCCGUGCUGCUUCCAACGCCAUCCUGGCUUCCCAACGCCGCAAACUUUACCCCGGCGGGGUCAGGCAGAGCAGCACCUUCACCGGGACAUCCCUGUGGCCCGCGGGGACGGGCACGGGUGGCACAGGGAAGGGCGAGGGGCUGAGGGCACCAGGAGGGGUUUUUGCCCCCAAUCAGAGCCUGGCGGGGCUCAACAACCUCAACCGGCCCGGCCCGCAGAGGGGGGGCAGGGCUGCUGUGCCCCCCGGGGUCCCAGCUCUCCCAGUUAAGAACCUGAACGGCACCGGCCCCGUCCACCCCGCCCUGGCAG